GCUUCCCUCCCCCGGUGCAGACACUCACUCUCCGCCGGUGCCUCGUCACUCCGCGCUGGAAGAUGGCUGCGGUGGAGCGGCCCCCUUUAAAGGAAGGGAUCCGGAUAGCGUCUCUGUGUGCGUGCUGGUACACGGUCAGCUCGGGGGGCAAUGUCAUCAACAAAAUCAUCCUGAACUCGUUCCCGUACCCGGUCACCGUGUCUCUGUUCCACAUCAUCUCCAUCGUCGUCUUCCUUCCGCCGCUCUUGCGGGCAUGGGGAGUCCCCAAAACAGAACUCCCCAGCAGGUACUACCGGUGGUACAUCUUGCCUUUAGCCUUCGGGAAAUACUUUGCAUCCGUGUCGGCGCACUUCAGCAUAUGGAAGGUGCCGGUUUCAUACGCACACACGGUCAAAGCCACAAUGCCAAUAUGGGUUGUGCUGCUAUCAAGAAUUAUCAUGAAAGAGAAGCAGACCACAAAGGUGUACACUUCACUCAUCCCCAUCAUUGGUGGAGUGCUGCUGGCCACGGCGACUGAGAUGUCGUUUCAUGUUUCAGGAUUAAUCAGUGCACUGGCUGCCACGCUUUGCUUCUCUAUGCAGAACAUCUUCUCCAAAAAGGUGCUGCGCGACACAAGGAUCCAUCACCUGAGGCUUCUCAACAUCCUGGGCUUCAAUGCCGUGAUCUUCAUGCUGCCCACCUGGGUUCUGGUGGAUCUCUCUGUGUUCCUUGUUAACGGAGAAAUGUCAGACAUCUCGGGAUGGACUGGUACCUUUUGCCUCCUCCUCAUCAGUGGCUUCUGCAACUUCGCCCAGAACGUCAUUGCAUUCAGCGUGCUCAACCUCGUCAGCCCGCUCAGCUACGCCGUCGCCAACGCCACCAAGAGGAUCAUGGUCAUCAGCAUAUCACUGCUAAUGCUGCGCAACCCAGUCAGCCUUAUUAACAUCAUGGGUAUGAUGACGGCCAUAGUUGGAGUCUUCCUCUACAAUAAGGCCAAGUACGACGCAAACAAGGAGAAGAAGCUGCUGCCGAGCUCCAAGCAGGACCUGACGUCCUUUGACAACCCGGCGCUGGAAAAGAUCCAGGCCAACGGGUCAGUGCCUUUCUCCCACGGCUCAGAACAGCUGCAGCAGCACAACUGGAACAACGUGCUGACUGACCACUUUCAGUACAGCCGGCAGACCCACACGACAAACUUCACCAGCAACCCGCAGUACGUGGUGUAACGCAGGAGUCUGUGCUCGCGCCGGGUCGCUGUCAUAGACAUCACUCUGUAUCGCCGGCCCCCUGCCCCCACCGCAGCAGCGGGUCACCUCUGCCCCGCCUCACACUUGAAAGUGAAGGCAAGUGCUGUUUGUCCUGAACGAUCAAGGAAAGAGUUGGUGUGGAUGGCCCAGAUACCUGACCUCUCCCAUGCUCCUCCCGGUCUAAACUUCACUUCCUGACAGCUUCAUCGUUUUGCCUGUUUAUUAAUUAGUUCUCACUGUAUGGGAUAGUUUGAGCAAGAACCAAACUCAUUUCAGACAGUUUCAGACAUUUUGGUUAAAAAAUGAAUCCAUGUGAUCCAGGCAGAUGAAUGUGAAAUGUGGUUGAUCGGGCAUUAAUCCUCACUGUUUUGAAAAUGUUAGAGUUUUGUUUUCACAAACAGCCAUACAGGGUUUUAUUUGUUUUUUUUGUCAGAGGAAAAGAUGUUGGCUGUAAUAUUUCAUCGGAUCAUAAUGAUUUGAUUUUAGGCAUUUCACGUUAAAGAUUGUCUUUUUUUCUUCAUGAGGCAUUUGUCAUGAUGUUAAGAGAAACUAAGUGUUUAAUUUGUCCAAAGUCUCCAGAGGCAGAUUGGAUUUGUUUGUGGACUGUGGAGGAUUUUAAGUCGAUGGUCACCUGAAAAAAAGUUUGAUGCAAUGUCAGUUUAGUGCUUUGGAUCAGGCUGAAAUAUGUCAACAACUCAGUAGAGCGCAUAUCCCUUGAAUUAAGUCAAGCAGCACCAAAUUGCGUAUACUCAUAGAUAUAAGUUCCCUAAAAAUGCCAAAUAUUUUCAUCAAGAUCCAUGAAUUAUUUCUUGAGAAAAACAUAGAUAUUCCUGGAUCAAAAAGCAAAAAAAAUUACUGAAUUCUUUCUUCUUUCACACAACAUCCUACCAACGAGUUUUCUUGGAAAUCCGUCCAGUACUCUGGUGUAUCAUCCUGGUAUCAGACAGACGAAUAAACCCAUGCAGAUGAAAACGUAACCUCCUAACCCUAACCCUAACCCUAACUAUUUGAGAAGUUUCUAAUGAAAUUUGAACAUGCAUUCUUGGUCCUCGGGAUGAAUCCCACUCACCUAACACGUCAGAAAAAUGUCAAUUUGUCUCAUGCUUUGAUUUAUUUACAAAACAAAUAUUCGCUAAGGUCUGGACGAUAUGGCCACUAUUUGACAUUAUUUAUCUCAAGUUCAAAUAAGGAUUUUUUAAAAACUACUUUAUGAGCAAAGAAUCAGAAACACUUGAUAAACAGCUAAACUUUUUAUGAAUUUGAGGUUGAUCAAUUUCCCGUUAUUUCCGAUAAUUGUUAUAAUUUUAUCGCUCCGUCCUAACAUGGAUGUCCAUCUCUUUGAAUUGAGACAAAUGUUUCUGCAGUGAGACCGUUUUUGUCGCUCUCACAGACGUCUCCUUCAUGCUAACAAGGAACUAAAUGUUUGUUUUCAUGGACCAUUAAUGUAAAAAGUAGAAAUUAAUAUUUGAUUGAUCAAAACAAAGCAUCCCUAUAUGCAUAUUGCAGAAUACUCGUGAUUCAUCUUUCUUAGAAGUCUUAACAUGUAAAAUGUAAAGGAUGUAAAAAUGAAUUGAUAUAAAACGAUCCAUAGUGUUUAUUUGGUUGAUUAUUAGUAUAUUUUGAUCUGUUAAGCUUCUCAGGCAGUGACAUCUUUUAUCUCCUUUCUGUUGAUUUACUAUUAUUUUUUCAGCCUGAACCAAAGCUGCUCUAUCGUGUUUUCUUGUUUUUUUUAACGGGUUCAAGUCGAGUUUACACAUCAUGAAACAACUACAUGUGUGAUGCAGAUUCUGACUAUCUGUCAUGUGACUUCACAGUCUCUCUGUUUAACGUCAACCGACAGACUUUGAUUUAAAAUGACACGUGCAUGAAAUCAGAGGUUGGCUCUUUGAAAUGAAAGAUUCAGCUGUAAUUUUAGGUGAACCUGAGGCUUGAUUAUCAUUAUUGAUAAUUGAUAAGCAUUUUCGAUUGAAAGGCCUUUUUCUAACUGCUUGAACAAUUUCAUUUAGGAAUCGAUCACAUUGUCUCCAAGCAUGUUUUCUUCGGUUGUCUCUGAUGCACCCUGAGCAUCUCACUGCAGCAAUAGAAGGGUUUUAUUUUUUCCUCUGUAACUUAACUUUGAAAUCAGCUUUGUAUAGUUUUGGUGAAAACACCACAUUACUUUUUGAAGUGCCAUUUGUAGCCAGCGAGCUUGUUUUUUUUUAGUCCCUAAUUCAUAGUGCAGUUAUAUUUUAUUAAUAUGACUUUUUUUUUUGUCAAAGUUUACUGUGUUUGCCUUCUCCCAUAGUUUUUAAAACACUUUCACAGUAUUUAGUUCCAAACUGAUCCUGCACCGAUCGCUCUGGGAUUUUUGCGUUCUGGGCCUCUGAGCCGAUUCUGUUCGUCUUUGGGACUUUCACUUUCAGUUUGGAUUCGCAGGGGAAAUGAUCUGUAACUGCUGAUGCUGUUUUUGGGGAUGUUGGGAUUACAAAGCUGCGGUGGUUUUUCUCCAGAAAGGAGAGAAAUCGCAUAGGCUUUGAUAGAAAACCAAAUGUCAGGUCCUGUUUUAAAGAAAUCGUGACUGACAGAAAAGUGGGAACACCUGAGUGGUGAAAUGUUGGUUUACACAGCCCUGAUUACAAUGACAAAUUUAAUGUCAGGCUGCUGCUGUAGCUCUUUGUGUUGACAGAUGUGCACUUAGUUGCGGCUGCUGCACUGUAUUCAAUUUAAACGUAUGAGCAGAAAUAUCCUACAGAGUUGAGCAGCUGAUGAGUUGUUGAGAACUGAAACAGAGUUGAAAGAGGAAUCGAUUGUCAUUUCAUUUCAACUCCAGUUGUCAAAAUCUGAUUUAAAGCUGAACCGUCGAUCAAUUAAAAAGCCUUAGAAGUCAUUAAAAACCAGCGUUUUGCUACAAUAUGCAAUGAAGAAACUCAAACUAUAAUGAAUCCUGAACCGAUUUAUGAAUAUUUGUUACAACAGCAGCUCUUCUGGGAUCAUGGGUAAUAUCCACCAUUGGGUUUUAGUUCAGUAAGAGAGACGAUGCAGGCUUUGGGUUUCUCUCUAAUCACCACAUAUGGCUGCAGAGGGCGCUGUUGCUCAGUUGAAGUUACAUCGCGUUGCAUGAACUCAAAUUGACCAGUAGUCAAGACAUUUCAGUACAGACACGUGUUAAGACGAGUCUCCCUCAUCUCCACAGCAAACCAGCUGAGAUGUGAAGUUUCAUGCUCUCCUGGACAAAACGCAAUCUGGUUGAAUUUUAAAUGUCAAUGAGAGUGACUUGACUCAGCAAAAAUUUGCACAUAUCUCGUAAUUUAACAAAUAACAUUAUGUCAAAUGAAACUACAAUUUCAUGUUGUAGGAAUGUAAUGUCUGUGUGUAAUCUGCAUCUCAGAGUUUGCACUCAUUUCCCAAAAUGUUGUGCUUUGAAUGAAGCAGCAACUAAAGCCAGUGGUCAUUCGGAUGCUUUGAAGGAAAGGAAGUCUGGUGCAAACAGCAUUUGGACAUUUUGUCGCUCCUGCAGCUCCUGUUCUAGACUCUUCAUUUGUUUUCUUCAUGUCCGUCCUCGUGCUGCCGAGAGCAAGAGCGUCACUUCCGAUGCUGAUGCACUGCAGCGCCGAGGCUCCGUUCACAGGUCGACAAGGCAUCAAAUUUAUAAACCUCAACGUGUGGGAGACGCGUUGAAGUUUAUAAAUGUCCACCUCACUUGAACUCUUGAGUUGGACGCCGGCUCUCUGCUGAAAAGCCUCUUCCUGGGAUGUAAAUGUAGACGAGUGGACAAAGAGGUCGACCCUUUGUAAAAGUUGUAUAAUUAUUAUUUUUGUGCAUCUUUAAUGGAUCUCGAGGAAGAACUUUUCUUAACCGAUGUUUAUAGAUUUUUAUUUAUGAUGUCACGGUUUGAACAUGUUGUACAGAAGUGCAGCUCAGCACAGUCUCGUCUGCUUAUGUUUAGUAAUUGCUAUUUUUAAAUGUUGGGCAGGGGGGGGAAUAAAUGCAUCAUGGAAUACUG